UUUCGGAAGUUAACUUGGUAUAAGAGUAUGAAAAGGCUCUGCUGCUCUACUUCUAAGGAAAUGCUCUCCUUUUUUUCUAAUAAAGCUUUCCGCAGAAGACAAACUGUACACAAUAAACAAGAAAUUAGAUAAAACUACCUGGUAAAAUGGCCUCUUGUCACGCUGCUGAAAAGCCUAUAAAAAAGGUUGCUAUCUUUGGAGGAACGCAUGGAAAUGAGCUAACAGGAGUAUUUCUAGUUAAGCACUGGCUAGAAGAUGGUGCUGAGAUUCAGAGAGCGGGGCUGGAGGUAAAACCGUUUAUUACCAAUCCAAGAGCAGUGAAGAAGUGUUCCAGAUAUAUCGACUGUGACUUGAAUCGAGCUUUUGGCCUUGAAAAUCUUGGCAAAAAUAGGUCAGAGGAUUUGCCAUAUGAAGUAAGAAGGGCUCAAGAAAUAAAUAACUUAUUUGGUCCAAAAGAUAGUGACGACUCCUAUGACAUUAUUUUUGACCUUCACAAUACUACGUCUAAUAUGGGGUGCACUCUUAUUCUUGAAGAUUCCAAGAAUGACUUUUUAAUUCAGAUGUUUCAUUACAUUAAGAGUUCUUUGGCUCCAUUACCCUGCUAUGUUUACCUUAUUGAGCACCCUUCCCUCAAAUAUGCAACCACUCGCUCUGUAGCCAAAUAUCCAGUUGGUAUAGAAGUUGGCCCCCAGCCUCAAGGGGUUCUGAGAGCUGAUAUUUUGGAUCAAAUGAGAAAAAUGAUUAAACAUGCUCUUGAUUUUAUACAACAUUUCAAUGAAGGAAAAGAAUUUCCUUCCUGUGCUAUUGAGGUCUAUAAAAUAGUGGAGAGAGUUAAUUAUCCCCGAGAUGAAAGUGGAGAAAUUGUUGCUUUUAUUCAUCCUAAUCUGCAGGAUCAAGACUGGAAACCAUUGCACCCUGGGGCACCUGUGUUUUUAACUCUUGAUGGAAAGACUGUUUCAUUGGAUGGAGACUGUACCGUGUACCCAGUGUUUGUGAAUGAGGCGGCGUAUUAUGAAAAGAACGAGGCUUUCGCCAAAACAACUAAACUAACACUCAAAGCAAAAAGCAUCCGCUCCUCUGUGCAUUAGAGAUCACCUUUAGCUCAUUUCUUACACAGUCUUUUGAAAAACUCUACUAGUCUGUAAGCUCCUUGAGGGCAGGAUCGUGCCUUAUUUAACUUCAUAGUACCUAGUCAAGUGCCUUGCACACAAUAGGCAUUCAGGCAAUAUUUCUAGAAUGAAU